CGACGACGGCGACGACGACGACGGCGACGGCGGCGGCGACGGCGACGCGUCGCGUCGCGCGCGCGCGAACGGCGACGCGCGUCGUCGUCGGCGGGCGCGACCGACGGUUGGGCGCGACGCGCGCGACGGCGCCGGCGCGCGCGACGGCGACGGCGCGCGCGACGGCGCGCGACGGACGCGAGAUCGCGGACGUCGCGCGCGAGGCGGCGACGCAGGCGCUGAGCGGGAUCACGGUGUCGCUGGCGAUGGUGCCGGAAUCGCUGGCGUUCACGUUCGUCGCGGGGACGACGCCGAUCGUCGGCUUGCACGCGGCGGCGCUGAUGGGGCUGUGCACGGCGGCGCUGGGCGCGCAGCCGGGGGUGAUCUCGGGCGCGGCGGGAGCGACGGCGGUGGUGAUCGCGCCGCUCGUGGCGUCGCACGGGGUGGAGUACUUGUUCGCGUGCGUGGCGCUCGCGGGCGCGGCGCAGGCGGCGUGCGGCGCGCUGCGGUUGGGGAAAUUCAUCAGGCUCGUGCCGCAGCCGUGCAUGAUCGGAUUCGUCAAUGGAUUGGCGAUCGUGAUCGGGAAGUCGCAGCUGGAGACGUUCGUCGGGCUGACGGGGACGACGCUCGCGACGACGAUCGGGCUCACGGCGUUUACGAUGGCGCUCAUCAAACUGCUGCCGAGGGCGUCGUUCGCGCCCAAGGGUGUUCCGGCGCCGUUGUUGGCCAUCGCGUCGUGCGCGACGCUGACGAAUGUGAUGAAAAUCGCGACGAAGACGGUGGGCGACGUCGCGCCCGUGAGCGGGGCGUUGCCGUCGUUUCACAUUCCAAACGUUCCGGCGAGCUUGGAAACGCUCGCCGUCAUCGCGCCUUACGCGUUAUCCGUCGCCGCGGUGGGCUUGAUCGAGACCUUGCUCACCCAACAACUCGUAGAUGACAUCACCGAGCGACGGACGGCGACGCACACCGAGUGCAUCGCGCAAGGCGUUGGAAAUAUGGUGAACGGCGCGUUCGGGGCGAUGGGCGGGUGCGCCAUGAUCGGGCAGUCGAUGAUCAACGUCAAUUCCGGUGGUCGCACGCGCGUGGCCGGGAUCACGUGCGCGCUCGCGAUUUUAAGUUACGUCACCUUUGGCGCUUCGUUCAUCGAACGCAUUCCCAUGGCCGCUUUAACGGGGACGAUGUUAUGCUUGGUUUUCGAUAUUUUCGAUUGGACGUCGUUUUCGCGAGUGAAAAAGAUUCCCAAGACCGACGCCGUCGUUUUGCUGCUCGUCACCGGCGUCACAGUGGUGACAAACUUGGCGGUCGCCGUGUUCGCUGGCGUCGUCUUGUCCGCGCUCGGUUUCGCUUGGAAAUCUUCUCAGCGCAUCGACGUCGUGCGCUCGCGAACGAGUUCCUCCGAGACGCUGUGCGAGUUGUACGGACCGCUCUUUUUCGGUUCGGUGCAAAGCUUCGCGGACAAGCUCGAUCCGCGCGACGAGGAACUCGAUCGAGUGGUGCUAGACUUCGCCCAUAGCAAAGUGUGGGAUUCUUCUGCGCUCGUCGCCAUCGAUGAGUUGGCGGAAAAGUACCGAAACUGCGGUAAGACGCUCACGCUCCGUCACUUGUCGCCGGAUUGCGCAAAAUUGCUGAAGAAGGGAGGCGACUUGGUCGAAGUCGACGUCGACACGGAUCCCGUGUACGCGGUCGCGGCGAAUUUGGACGCAGAGACGCUGUCCGCCGUCACGAAGACGUUGGGUGGACGGAAAGGACUUUCGCUGGCGGAGGAAAAUGCGUUGAAGCGACAGUAUUUGCGUUGAUGAUCUUGCCUAUCUAUUGUAC